UAUUCAUUGAGAGGCGCUCUGAUACCCCGGUGUGGGUCAGUAUGUGUGGGUGUGUGUGUGUGUGGGGGGGGGUGUGACAUGGCACUUAAUCGCUCCUCAUCCUGCAUGUUUGUAGGUUUAAAUCAUCUGUGCAUGGAGGAAAAAAGGUUCAGAAACAAGGUGAUAUUUUGUUGUUUGAAGAAAAUCCGAUUUGCAGGAAACUACUGCGGCCCCCCCCCCCCCAUCCAGUGUAAACAAUGGAGGGUCUCUUAUCCCUCACCUAUACAUAAACACGCUCACCUCCCAGUCUUUUACCUCUGAACUAAGAUAUAAGAUAGAGCCAGUAGUUCAAUGCGUUAUCACUUCACAGAUGCGUUCAGCGCUGCAGGACUGAUUAUGUCCAAGUGUCAAUUCCACUGUAAGGUGGGAUACCUGCUGUGACGGGCCCGGCCGCUAGGGGCGCUGUGGAUGCAUCGUUUUUAGUUGCACAAACUAAUGAGUAGACCGCUAUAAGUAGACCGCUGACAGUGAGACCAGUGUUGGUGUUGAUUCAAAACAAGAUGAUCCAACACAGCUGCAGCUGUUUUAAAUGUAUAGUUAAUGUAUAGUUAAUGAAAUAUGAGAAGAAAGAAGCAGUGACUCUAAAAGACAUCUGUUUUCAAAGGGUGCAUGUACAGAAGAAAUGAAAGAAAGGAUCAGUUACAAGUUCAAACUGAACAUCCAUGUAAAGCAAAACUAAAAACAUACCAAGAGAAAUGAAUCCUUGAGCUGUGAAUGUCCCAAAUUUAAGAAGAAGAGUUGUGUCAUAAAAACUCUGCUGUGAUUUAAUAGAAGGAAGAAGUUAAACCUCUGGCCUUCUGUGUGCAGAUGUGGCAUCAAAAGGUAAAAAGCAACGACCAAACAAACCAUUUAAAUGCGCUGUGAUUGGCCGGUCCGUGUUCGUGGGACGGAUUUAGCAAAGAGUUAAUUGGUUUCUCUCAAUCGUUACUCACGGAUGAGCCCUGCAGAACAGGAAUAAAUCCAGAAGAGACUAAAGUGAUAAGGUCCUAUUUAAGAAACCGUAUUGGUCCCUGUGAGAGAAUAUUAUAGGAAAGCUUUACUGAUUUAUUGUGACGUUACAGGAAAUAAGGUUUAAGUUUUUAGAAACGUAUUUGAAUGUCUUUAAAAUAUUGCAUUCUCUUAACAAAGCUGGACUCUUCAAACCAAAGAAAAGUUGUGUUUUUGCACUUGAAAGACUGCUUUCCCUUUAAAAGCAUGUCUGCGAGGGUUAACUACAGUCAUGCACUGCUGCAUGCUGGGAAGCUGCAGCAGCACUUCUGAGAAGAAGCUCGUUUUCUCUCCAGCGAACAGUUCGCUUGGUUUGCACAUGUUUGAAACACGGAUCUGAAGUCCGGCCGCCACACAGCAGACGUAGCUGGAGGUUCCAGCGUGGUCGUGGGCCAUCCGCUGGACACAGUGAAGACGCGGCUCCAGGCGGGGAAAGGCUACAAGAACAGUCUCCACUGCGUCCUCACCAUCUACAGGAAGGAAACGGUGAUGGGCUUCUUUAAGGGCAUGUCUUUCCCGCUGGCCAGCAUCACCGUCUACAACUCGGUGGUGUUCGGCUUCUUCAGCAACACGCAGAGAGUCAUAAGCAAGUAUCGCUAUGGGGACGGGCGGCACCCCUGUGGCAUGGUGGACCUGACCGUGGCCAGCAUGCUGACCGGUCUGGUGUCGGUGGGCCUGGGAGCCCCGGUGGAUCUGGUCAAGAUCAGACUGCAAAUGCAGACGCAGAUGGUUCUCGCAGAGAACUUAAACCUCGCAGGCAACGUACCGAAUAGCACCAACAUCCCUCUGCGCUCCAUCGACAUCCCCACCCAGAGACUCUACCGAGGCCCCGUCCACUGCAUCAGCAGCAUCCUGCAGACCGAGGGCCUGCAGGGCCUGUACAGGGGCGCCGGCGCCAUGAUCCUGAGGGACGUUCCCGGGUACACGCUCUACUUCAUCCCGUACACCAUCUUUUGCAACCUGCUGAAGCCCGACGGCACGUCAAGCCUUCACCCCGGUUCCAUCUGGCUGGCUGGAGGACUAGCAGGGUCCAUUUCCUGGGUCACAGCGACGCCAGCCGAUGUGGUGAAGAGCCGAUUGCAGGCCGACGCUCAGCUGCAGAGGAAGUACAAAGGGAUCCUACACUGCAUCGUCCACAGCUACAAGACAGAGGGAGCACAGGUUUUCUUCCGCGGAGCGUCGGUCAACGCCGUCCGAGGCUUCCCGAUGAGCGCCACCAUGUUCCUGACCUACGAACUCUCCCUGCAGUUCUUCAGGAGUUUCUAGGACGGAGGAAACAUUUGGGUAUUAAACUGGAAUCACAUGCGACAUUUUUUUGGCAAAUGAGCAAACAGGCCCCAGUUUCUCUGAGACAACAGAUUGGUAGCAGCUGAUGCUAACGUGCACUUAACACUUUGAGCUCUCUGAUGUAGACGUCGCUGACCUUCUCGCCACUCAAAGAUCGAUCGUUCAUUUUUGGAUUGAUAAUGUUUAAAUAGAGUAACUGCUUGAUUGAAAUUCUAACGUUAUGAUGAUGUGUUCAUUUAGUUUUUUGGUGAGAAACUUGAAUUAUUCCAGUUAUUUGAAGGAAAUAUUCUCACAGCAGUGACUUGUACUUGAUGUCGGCCAAUAUGCAAGUCCAGGUAUCAUAACUGGUAUCAGGAAGGGAAAAAAUGGUGUCGGAACACCUCUAUAAAGUAGUACUUUAAGUUUUAAAUUACUGAGAAAUAGGACACCAAAGUCAACUAUGUGAUCCUGGCUAGUGUACUGAACAUUUAGCUUUAAUGCUAAAACUUUACCUCACAAGUCCUUCUGGAAUCUCUGGGAGAUUAGUGAUUAUUAAAACUACUGAGUUAUUAUUUUUUGUACUAAUACAAAUGGCAACAAUUGAGUUGCUGAAAGUACCGUCCACACCUUUUAAAAUAGACAACUGUACAGUUGUGUGAAAAAGUGUUUGCCCCCUUCCUGAUUUCUUAUUUAUUUGCAUGUUUGUCACACUUAAA